CGCGCAAACGUUAGGAAGAAGAAGCAGAAGAAGAAGCACUCUGAAAAACGACAAUAUGGCGGAAAGUAACAUCAAUAGUGAUGUAAGGAGGCCUUUAAAUUUAGACGCAGAAGCUCCUAAAUUAUCUGACUUGCUAGAGCGUGGGUGGAAGAUAUUUGAUGAGGUAGACAGUACAAACGAACCACUGGCAUCUAACAGUAUUCAGGUUAGAGUGAAGCGUGGUAUCAGUAUGUUAGAAGAAGCGUCCAGAAUGGCAGCUCAACUCGACCUGUUCAGCCGUAAUGAGGAAUUGGAGGAGAUUUCCACGACUGACCUAAAGUAUCUGCUGCUGCCCGCAUUAUUAGGAGCGCUGACCAUGAAGCAGACCAGCCGAGAUAAACGACUAGAUAUAGUCCGGGCAGCCCGAGCUUACUUUAUGGAUUUUUUGAGACGAUGCAAAGAGUAUAAUUUAUCACAGUUUGAGCUGCCAAAGUCGAGGCAUGAAAACACAAGUCUGGAAGAAUCAUCAGAAUGUGCAGUCUCAGCAACCAAGCCUGUCCCCAGUCCAUCAGGCCUGGUUGCCAUGGCAACACAUAGACAAGCAAAGAUCGAGCGGUAUCAUCAGAAGAAGGAGUUGGAAGCCAGGUUGUCAGACUUGAGGAGAGCUGUGGACAGUGGACAGGCCGACGAUGAAGUCACCAGAGAUUUCUAUCUUCUGAAUGUCCGGAGAUGGGUCGGUGUGUGUCUGGAUGAAAUAGAAAGCAUUGAUCAGGAAGCUGAGAUUCUCGAGGGGAUGGAUGUUUUGAAGCACACUGCUGCCAAACAGGCACCACGGCCAGUCAGGCGUCCCAUGAAACCCUUCAUCCUUACCAAGGAUGCUGUACAGGCUCAGGUGUUUGGGGCUGGUUACCCCAGCCUUGCCACCAUGACAGUAGAUGACUGGUAUGAACAGCACAGAAAACAUGGAGUUCUGCCUGACCAAGGGAUACCCAGAAGUGUUCUGGAGGAUGACACUGAUGCAAAUGAGAAGGAAGAGGAAGAAAAAGAGAAAAAGGCUGAAAAUGAUGACCAAGAGUCUCUGCUGAAAGCCAGAGAAUGGGAUGACUGGAAAGACAAUCAUCGCAGAGGUUAUGGAAACCGCCAGAACAUGGGCUAACUGUGUGUCUGUCUGGCCUCCUCUGUUUUCAUGUUUUGUUUUUUUUAUCAGUCCUGGAAGUGGAUGUUCUUCACAGUUCUGAUCCUUAAAACUGUUGGUAUGAGAAGGAAAUACACCACCACAUCAUCACCUAACAAGCCUGCUGAGUUAACUGACCUGACUACAUACAGGUAGACACUGAUCAGCAACCCAGCUGAUAUCCUCAUGUUUCAUUUUUUGUCAGUACUUCUCUGUGGUGCCAUGUGUUUCACAGCAUCCUAAUAAAAAUCGACAGGUUGACUGGACUGACUGGAGGCCAGCCAUGAU